UUCUUCGUUCCUGCACAGUCAUACUUCCAGUACCACCUGAACGUUCCAUUUGCACAAUCGCAUUGAGCGAUCUGCGCUUGCAUUUCUUCCCACAGCCACCCACCUACCCCCUCUCCUACCCAAAAAAAAACUCCCGAGGCUCCUUCUCUUUUUUUUCUCUUGGCCUUCCUUCCGUCACGUCCUGCCUUGUGAUCCAGUGUCUGGGUCUCCUUCCAUAGCGUGCCUUGUUUCUGGUCUCACGCGCUCCAGGCUCCAGCGGCACGCCCCAGCCAUGUCGGACGAGAAGCCGCCCCCCUCCGACCUGGAAGUGGGCGAAUUGGCGCCUCAGCAGACUGAUUCGCUCCACGAUGGGUCUCCCCAGCAGAGCCCUGCCGCGCCUAACUACACGCGCAGGCAGGAGGCCCGCGUUGUCAUGAAGUUGGAUUGGAACCUCAUGACGCUGUUCUUCGCCUUGUGUAAGUGAAUGCCGCCACACCACCUGCCUUGCCUGCCUUGCCUGCCUACCCCGCCUUCUCAUGUCUCAUCUUACCUCCCCUAUUGAGAAC